ACAUUGCAACAGAAAACUGCUAAACGCGAAACAAGCUGCGGCGUUUUUUCUGCUCCUCGGGUACUUGUCUCCUUGUGCGUCCAGUGUCCAGGGUCCAGGGUCCUGCAGCAGGCAGCAGGCAGUGCUAGGCAGGCAGGCAGGCAGGUUCGCAGAUACGUAGAUACGCAGAUACGCAGUCUUUGCAUCUGCAUAAAUCACUGUGGAAAAAAAACCCCAAGCCGUUGACGCAGUCUCCCCUCCCCCCCCCCACCUCCGCAACCCCCAAAAAAACGCAGAGACAGAGACAGAGAAAGCAAAGUGAAUGUGAAAGUGAAAGUGUGUGCAAAAUGACUUGAAGUGCAACCAGAGACAGCGAGAGAGAGAGAGAGAGACUCAGAGAGCGAGCGAGAGAGAGGCAGGGUAAGAACAUUAGAGACACCUACCUGCCUCCCAUCCUCCUCCACCCCCCGACCCCCGUCCUUCGUGCCACCCAAAAUGCUGCCAAGGCCUUCUCCUGCCCCACCAUACGCCCUGAGGGUGUCCGGUGCGGAGCCGCCCCGAAUGGUAUCGAUGCCGUCUUGAAUGCGACUCUAAACACCAAAAAAAAAACCAGACAAUGUAAACGCCGGCAGCAGAAUGUAACGCAGUUUUUCCUCAUUUCCCAACAACAACAACAACAAAAACCAGCCAGCCAACAACAAAUACAAAAAAAAUAGACAGAGUUACAUUUUUUGCCACCAAUCGAUUGUCGAUCGUCGCUCAAUCGAUAACCGAAAUAAUAAUCAUCAUCGCUCGAUAAGACACAAAAGCAGCCACACACGACGCAACAUUUCCGUUUGUAAGCAACAACAACAACAACAACAAAAACAACAACAAACAAGAGUUCCAGAUCCAAACAAAUAUAUAUAUAGAUUAUAUACUAUAUAGAAGCAGGCAUUCAUCAGCAGUCCGUCAGUCCAGAAGAAAUUAAUUAAAGGAAAGAAAAGGAAAGAAAAGGAGAGGAAGGAAGGAAGCAACUCCCAGUUUAAGUUCCCAGUUUCGCAUCGAUUCCGAUUUGAAGCAAAAUUAAAGCGUCUGAAUUUGAUUUCUCGAUCGUCUCGUUAUCGUCUCGUCACCAUUCCGUCGCAUACAACGUCUCGGCCCCAAGGUUCCGACCAACAUCGUCUCGACUCAGUUUUCUACUCAGUUUCUACAAAUUCAGACGUAGAUCUUCAGUUAAUUAUCAUUAUAUAUCGAUUAUAUAUACAUAUAUAUUGUGCAUUUCGGCCCCCCACGUUUUGGAAGAUCGAAAGGAUACAAAGAACGAAGGAAGAACAAAAAAUAAACACACACACUACGAAAUUACCUGAAAAUUUUUAAAAAUCAACCAAAAAGUCUAUGAGAGCAACAACAACAACAAAAUUAAACGCUAAAUUUUACAAGUGCAAAAUUUUCUUAUAAUUAUUUACCAAAAAAAAAAACAAAAUCAAAACAAAAAAAAAUUCAAAGAAAAUUAGAAAAAAUUAAAACAAAAAAAUUAAGGGGAAAGCAGAAAAGGGAGAAGGAACUGAAGUGAAGAAAAAAUUAAGAAGGAACUUAAAAAUAUGCUAUGCGGAAUAUCAAAUGCAAAAAAAAACAAAUAAUGUUGUGAUGUGAUAUUUUUUCGAUGUACUUUUAUUUGAGGGUUACACCAUAUCGAGAAGUUAUCCAAUGAGAAAGCCGCUUAAAUUUUGGAGGAUCUAUGAUGGACGACAGAGAAAAAUAACGCUUUGUUUGUGAAAGAUUUUUGAGCCCAAGCAAGGAUUAUUAAACGAAAACCAAACAAAAAACCAAAAACCAAAAAUAAAAACCACGAAAAAACGACAAAAAUCGAAAAGAAAACGACACAAAAAAAAAGUCUCAAAUUUUUCGACAACCCAAAAACGAAUCGAAAACACUUUUUGAGAAUCUUUUAAAACACCAGGAAGGGAGAAUCGGAGCAAGGAGAAAGUAGAGAGAAAGAGAAGACCAGGACGAACGGAGGGCAAAGGAAGGAAGAAAGGAAGGAAGCAAAACGGGAAUUUAAAAUCAAAUCCAAAUAAAAUUAAAUGCAAAGGACAUUCGCAUGUGUGUGGUGGUGGAACGAAGAAAAUUCAAAACAAAAUUCACAAUUAGAAAACGCAGAAAGAAACGUAGAAAACGCAGACGCAAAAUCAAACUGUCCAAAGAACCGUCGAAGCUGUCGCAACCGUCAACAGGAGGCGGCACUUUGAGCUGGAGCUGGAGAGUGAGAGAGAGAGAGAGCUGGAGCAUUUCGGCCAAGAAAAAAGUUGAGCGAAAGCAAAAUUUCAACGUUUGGCGCACAACCGAAGGGAGAGGAGAGAGGAGUAGAGAGCAGAGCAGAGGAGAAGGGAAAGGAAUCUGAAGACACCUCGGGCCAGGACUGCCGCGAGCAGGAUAAAGUUUUGAACCUGAAGCUAAGCACAACGCACACAGAUACGCGAAGAUACGGAGAUACAGAGAUACGGAGAUACAUAUACCAGAAAGUAAACCCCACUCGGACUAGACACAGAUACACAGAUACAAAGAGAGACGACAGAUAGAUAGAUAGAUAGAUAGAUCUGUCCACAGACUUAAACUUGAAAUCACGCAUACGACACUCGCUCGGAGGGGAACAGCCAGCCCAGCCAGCCAAUCGCAGAAGAGGGUUGCUGAGGGGAGCGUCGCCGCGCGAGAGAGACAGAGCGAGAGAGAGAGAGAGUGAGAGAACAGAGAGCAGAGCGACAGAGAGCUGAGUGGCAAGAGAGAGAGCUGCUGCUGCUGUUUGGCAUCAUCUUAUGAUGUCAUCAGAGGAGUACGACGCGGACUGUUUCGGUUUGUACAGCGAUGAGAGCACCGUGCUGCUGAAGGCGGUCGUGGAGGCGCAACCACCACACUCAAGCAGCAACGGGCACACGACACCAAUACAGGCACAGCUACAGGCACAGAUAAACGGCGACGGCGGCAGCACGGCGAAUUCCGGCGAGAGCAAGCACGGCGAACAGCAGAAGGAACAGCAACAGAAAGAGAAAGAGCCGAACGACUGCGACUCGGACGACUCGGACGACGUCGUGGUCGUGCUCGAAGGCUGCGAAGGCAGCAGCAGCAACAGCAACAGCAACAGCAGCAGCGGAAAAGCCAGCGCCGCGAAGGCGAACAGCAAUAGUCGGAGCAGUCGGAACCAUCGCAGCCCGCGCACCAGUCGGCAAAUCAUUCAUUCUUCGGCCGUCGGCAAGACAACAACGUGCGCGGCUAAAAAAAUACUUGUGCCAGCGACAGCAACAGCGACAGCGACAGCCACUUCGAAGAGUUCGAAUUCAAGCGCGACCGUCGUGCCCUUACCCAUACCCGUGCCCGUAUCCGGUAGUAGUGCUAGUGUUAACAAAGUGAAUCGUCGUUCGCGCCAUAGAUCCUUGAGCAAAGACAACCAAAACCUAAACCAAAGCCAAAACCAACAACAGACCACAAGCAGCAUUUGCAAUAGCAACAAUCAUAACAGCAACAGCAACGGCAACAACGGUUGCAACAACGGCGGCACAACGGCAACCGCUGCUGGCUUCAUGAGUAGCGCUGCUGCGGCCGCUGCGGGUGCCGCUGGUGGAGCCCUGUUCCAACCCCAACCACAGGCCAGCACGGCCAACACGAGCCCCACGCUCAGUCUCAAUCCCUCGAGCCACCAGACCGCCGCAGUCGGCGGGGGCCAACAGUCGCCGGUAGCCAGCAGCAAUUCGCCCGGUUCCGGAUCCGUGUCGGGCUCGGGCUCCGGCUCCGCCUCGUCACUGCUGACGGCUGCCUUCGGCAACCUGUUCGGUGGCUCAUCGGCCAAGAUGCUGAACGAGCUCUUCGGACGACAGAUGAAACAGGCCCAGGACGCCACCAGCGGCCUGCCCCAGAGCCUGGACAACGCGAUGCUGGCGGCCGCCAUGGAGACGGCCACCAGUGCAGAGCUCCUGAGCGCCGCUGGCCUGGUCGGCAGCCACCUGAAUGCCACCUCCAAUGCCACGUCAAAGCUGCUGCUGCACAACAACAACAGCCUGCCGGGGAGCAACAGCACGCCGCUGAGCAACGGCCUGAAUGCCUCGAUCUCGCCGGGAUCGGCCCACAGUUCGAGCCACUCGCACCAUGCCACCUCCUCGCCGAAGGGCGGCAGCAGUCGUCGGGUGUCGGCCUGCAGCGAUCGCUCCCUGGAUGGGGCGGCCUCCGCGGCAGCCUCUGCCGCCGAUGUUGCAGGGGGAUCCCCGCCACGGGCCGCCUCGGUGAGUUCGCUCAACGGCGGCGCCAGCAGCGGCGAUCAGCAGCUGCAGCACGACCUGGUGGCCCAUCACAUGCUGCGCAACAUUCUGCAGGGCAAGAAGGAGCUCAUGCAGCUCGACCAGGAGCUGCGCACCGCCAUGCAGCAGCAGCAGAUGCAGCAGCAGGAGAAGGAGCAGCAGCAGCAGCAGCUCCACUCGAAGCUCAACAACAACACCAACGCCAGCAACAACAAUAACCACAACAACAACAACAACAGCGUGGCAGCCACGAACAACAACAACAACAUGGAGAGCAUCAACCUGAUCGAGGACACGGAGAUGGCGGACAUCAAGAUCAAGAGCGAGCCCCAGACAGUGCCCCAGCCGCAGCAGUCGCCGCACGGCAGCAGCCACAGCAGUCGCAGCGGCAGCGGCAGUGGCAGCCACAGCAGCAGCCACAGCCUGGCCAGCGACGGGAGCCUGCGCCGCAAGUCCUCGGACUCGAUGGACAGUUCGGGGGCCCGCGAGGAGGCGGACGGCGAUGGCGACGAUGAGACGGCGGUCAGGGCGAGCAGCGCCGUGGACGAGCAGCAGCAGCAGCAGCAGCUGGCCACCAAGAAGGAGUCCGUCGAGGACAUGCUCGACGAGGCGGAGCUGCUGGGCAUGCAUUCGACACGCGGCUCGGACCUGGAGUCGCUGGCCUCGCCCUCGCACUCGGACAUGAUGCUGCUGGACAACAGCAAGGACGAUGUGCUGGACGACGACGAGGACGACGACUGUGUGGAGCAGAAGCGCGACCAGGGCUGCCUCAAGAAGCCCGGCAUGGAGCUGAAGCGGGCGCGCGUGGAGAACAUUGUGUCGGGCAUGCGGUGCAGCCCCUCCUCGAUCGUCCAGGCGGGCCAGCUGCAGGUGAACGGCUGCAAGAAGCGGAAGCUCUACCAGCCGCAGCAGCACGCCAUGGAGCGCUAUGUGGCAGCCGCCGCGGGCCUCAACUUCGGCCUCAAUCUGCAGAGCAUGAUGCUCGACCAGGACGACAGCGAGCAGUCGAACGAGCUGGAGUCGCCGCAGAUCCAGCAGAAGCGCGUCGAGAAGAACGCCCUCAAGUCGCAGCUGCGCUCGAUGCAGGAGCAGCUGGCCGAGAUGCAGCAGAAGUACGUGCAGCUGUGCACCCGCAUGGAGCAGGAGUCCGAGUGCCAGGAGCUGGACAACGACCAGGACCCCGAUCCCGAGCAGGACCUGGACCCCGAACAGGAGCAGGAGCAGGAGCCAGAGCAGGACAACGGCAGCAGCGACAACAUUGAGCUGUCGCCCUCCCCCACGCUCACGGGCGGCGACAUCAGUCCCGCCCACAAGGAGGAGGCCGGCGGCCAGGAGCGGCCGGGCUCCAGCUCCCCGAAGCCCAAGACGGCGCUGAGCGAGACCGGGGCCCCCAACAGCACCAACAUGCUCUCCCAGAUGAUGUCCAAGAUGAUGUCCAGCAAACUGCACAACCCCCUGGUGGGGCAUCCGGCCCUGCCGCAGGGCUUCCCCCCGCUGCUGCAGCACAUGGGCGACAUGUCGCAUGCGGCAGCCAUGUACCAGCAGUUCUUCUUCGAGCAGGAGGCACGCAUGGCCAAGGAGGCGGCCGAGCAGCAGCAGCAGCAACAGCAGCAACAGCAGCACCAGCAACAGCAGCAGGAGCAGCAGCGACGCUUCGAGCAGGAGCAGCAGGAGCAACGCCGCAAGGAGGUGCAAGAGCAACAGCAGCAAAUCCAGCGCCAGCAGCAGCAUCUGCAGCAGCUGCAGCAACAGCAAAUGGAACAGCAGCAGCAGCAGCAGCAACAUGUGGCCACGGCGCCGAGACCCCCACAGAUGCACCACCCGGCGCCGGCGAGACUGCCCACGCGACUGGGCGGAGCAGCCGCCGCCCACAGCGCCCUCAAGUCGGAGCUGUCGGAGAAAUUCCAGAUGCUGCGCAACAGCAACAACAGCUCGAUGAUGCGCAUGUCCGGCACGGACCUCGAGGGGCUGGCGGACGUCCUGAAGUCGGAGAUAACCACCUCGCUGUCGGCACUGGUGGACACGAUCGUGACGCGGUUCGUCCACCAGCGGAGGCUGUUCAGCAAGCAGGCCGACUCGGUGACAGCCGCCGCCGAGCAGCUCAACAAGGACCUGCUGCUGGCAUCGCAGAUACUCGACCGCAAGUCGCCGCGCACCAAAGUGGCGGACAGAGGAGGACCCGGAGCCCAGAACGGCCCCACGCCGACCACACAAUCAGGUAAUAAUGGUUCACUACUCCUAGCCCCUAGUCAAAUGCCCCCCCAACCGCCGCCAGCGGUGGUCGUGGCCAAUGCCCAGCAGCAGCAGCAACAGCAGCAGCAGCAGCAGAACGUGCAGCAGCAGCAGCAGAAUGUGCCACAGCAGCAGCAGCAGCAGGCACCGCAACAGAAUCCCCAGCAGCAACAGCAGCCGCCGAAUGUGCAGCAUCUCCAUGCCAUGCCCCCCAAUUGCCAGCAGCUGAUAGCCGCCCCCCGCCUCAAUGGCAACCAGCUGUCGUUCGCCUCCCCAGCGGCUGCUGCAGCCGCGGCGAUGGGUCUGCAGAUGCACCACGCGGCCGCAGCGGCAGCCAUGUCCGCCCAACAGCAACAGCAGCAGCAGCAACAGCAACAGCAACAGAACGUGCAACAGCAGCAGCAGGCGGGGGAUAGCAAUACUAACCAGAGCCAAGCGAAUCCGACUAACAACAGUAGCUUAAGUACCCUUAAUAUACCACCUCCUCACAUUCGUCCUUUGCCCACAGCGGCUGCCAUGUUCCAGGCGCCCAAGACGCCGCAGGGCAUGAAUCCGGUGGCCGCCGCUGCGCUCUACAACUCGAUGACCGGACCCUUCUGCCUGCCACCCGAUCAGCAGCAGCAACAGCAGCAGCAGGCCGCCCAGCAGGCGCAACAGCAACAGCAGAGCGUCCAACAGCAGCAGCAGCAGAGCGCCCAGCAGACGCAGCAGCAGCUCGAGCAGAACGAGGCCCUGAGUCUGGUGGUGACGCCCAAGAAGAAGCGCCACAAGGUGACCGACACGCGCAUCACCCCGCGCACCGUCAGCCGCAUCCUGGCCCAAGACGGCGUCGUCCCGCCCAACCCCAACGGACAACAGAACGCCACUCCCCUGCAACAGCAACAGCAGCAGCAGCAACAGCAGUCGAACGGAGGAGGCAACAGCAAUGCCACGCCCGCCCAGAGCCCCACGGGCAGGAGUCAGAGCGUGGGAGGAGGAGGCGGAGGAGGUGGAGCAGGAGCGUACCAUCCGCAGCCGCCGCCACCACCGCCGCCCAUGAUGCCAGUGUCCUUGCCCACAUCGGUGGCCAUUCCCAAUCCCUCGCUGCACGAGUCCAAGGUCUUCUCGCCCUACAGUCCCUUCUUCAAUCCGCACGCGGGCGGGCAGCCGACAGCCGCCCAGAUGCACCAGCACCACCACCAGCACCAGCACCAGAUGCAGCUCUCCUCGAGUCCGCCCGGCAGCCUGGGGGCGCUGAUGGACUCGCGCGACUCCCCGCCGCUGCCCCAUCCGCCGUCGAUGCUGCAUCCCGCCCUCCUAGCCGCCGCCCACCACGGCGGAUCGCCCGACUACAAGACCUGCCUGCGGGCCGUCAUGGACGCCCAGGAUCGCCAGUCCGAGUGCAACUCGGCGGACAUGUCCUUCGACGGCAUGCAGCCUACUAUAUCCUUUUUCAAACAGCAACAAGAGCAGCUCGAGCACCAUUCCCUCCAGUCCAUGCUGAUGGUCAACAGCAAGCAUUGCGAAUCCUUGACUCCCCUGCACUCUUCUACAUUGACACCGAUGCACCUGCGCAAGGCCAAACUGAUGUUCUUCUGGGUCCGCUAUCCGAGCUCCGCGGUCCUCAAGAUGUACUUCCCGGACAUCAAGUUCAACAAGAACAACACAGCACAAUUGGUGAAAUGGUUCUCGAAUUUCCGAGAAUUCUACUACAUACAAAUGGAGAAAUAUGCACGACAAGCUGUCACCGAAGGCAUCAAGACACCCGAUGAUCUGUUGAUUGCUGGAGAUAGUGAAUUGUAUCGCGUGCUCAAUUUGCACUACAAUCGCAAUAAUCACAUUGAGGUACCCCAAAACUUUCGCUUCGUCGUUGAACAGACACUGCGGGAGUUUUUCCGUGCAAUACAGGGUGGCAAAGACACCGAACAGUCGUGGAAGAAGUCCAUAUACAAGAUCAUCUCGCGCAUGGACGAUCCCGUGCCCGAGUACUUCAAGUCGCCCAAUUUUUUAGAGCAGCUGGAAUAAGUGGAGGAGUUGGCCUUGCCAGCGCUGCCAACGCCAACGAUAUCGCUGCCAAUGCCCCUGGCAAUGCCAAUUCAAAUGCCACCACCACCACCACCACCAACAACAGCCACACCACACACCACGAUCCCAGCUACUAUGACUACUACAACAUCUACAGCCACAACAUCGAGGGCCGGCAGCAGCAAUCCGAAGGCGAGGCGCAGACCAAAGCUAAAAGGCUAAAUCUGCGCAAGAAGUACCACUGGAUAUGACCCACAAACUCCCGAAACGAAACAAAACGAAAACGAACCACAGAAUAAGUUAGCAAAGAGAGAGAGACCGAGAGCGAGGAGAGAGAGAAGAGCAAAGCUAGGAGAUGCUAAGAGAAGCUGAGAAGUUUACACGAGUCAAAACCGCGUUUAGGCCACGAGCAAUUCUGGGGAGCAGUCAAGACAGUCUCCCGAGCCGCAAAAUAUUUUUCAAAAAAUUUCCAAAAACACCUACACCAACACACACACACACACACAGCAUACAUACGUACCCACUCAGCGAAGAAGAGAGAAUGAAGAAGAGGAUGAGAGAUGCGAGCUUCGAUCGCAUCCAAUGCUAAAACCAAAACUAAAAAAACCUAAAAUCUUAAUCUUAUGUGAAAUAGUGCAAAUUGAUGGUAAUCUGAGCCUGACACCCAUACAGACACACACACACAGAGACACCAGACACCAGACACACCGAGCGAGCGAGCAAUCGCGUACUUUGUAGGCAGUGUAAACUGUACUCGCUGUAGCCGUGUUGGUUUGUUAGAUGAAAUUUUUUUGAAAAUAUUUACAAGACAUUUUUACGUAUACAGAUAUUUAACAAAAUACAUAGUUGAGCCGUCUAUUGAUCUACCGAAAGUUGACACACAAACAACAUUCCACACACACAAACACAAACAAACACGCAUUCCACCCACACACACACACACACACACACAUCGGUUCAAGAGCGAAGAGCGCUCUGUGGAAGCGGGCUACACUGCUUGGCAGACCGUUCUUCGGCAAGCAGUUAAAACCCUUCAGUACCGGCGUUCACUGCAUGAGCGCACUGCUUUACAAAAGCAGGCGCUGCACUGACGCCGGUAGCACCCCCCACUAUCCCCCAAUUCUUAACCCUUUAAGCAUAUAUUCGAUGUCUAUUAAGCGAAAACUAAACAAAAACAAAAAUCACCAAAAAAAAAAAGAAAACAAAAACUAUUUAGAUUUA